UUGCUACCAGCUUCGAUAUACUCCGGACUGAAUCAAGUGAUCGAUAAACUGUUAUUAAUUAACCACUGGAUAAGGAGAAAUCCGUGACAUUGAACUAAAGCGAGGCAAAGAUGCUGGCGUCACCAAAACAAGUGAGACGCGACUGGGAAGCUGGAGAGGUCGGAUCUCUCAUCGGCAGAGGAUUGAUCGACGAGAUGGAGAACGAGUCGCGAAACAUCAGGUUCUUCACCAAACUCUACACUUUCGCUCAGAUGCUUGGCAUCUUGUGCGUGGUGCUGGUGGGCGUCUGGAUCGGGAUCUACCGCGGGGGGUUCGGGUGGCAGGCUACACCGGCGCUGCAGUUCAACUGGCAUCCGUUUCUCAUGGUCUUAGGGAUGGUGUUUCUCUAUGCGAAUGGGGCCCUAGUGUACAGAGGAUUCCGAUCCGAGAAGAAGAAGAAGCUGAAGAUCAUCCACACGCUGGUUCAGCUUGGGACCUUCAUCUUCUCUGUGGUGGGCAUCGUGGCCGUGUUCGACUUCCACAAUUCAAUGGGCAUUCCCAAUAUGUAUAGUCUGCACUCGUGGGUCGGCCUGUGUGUGGUUAUACUAUUCGCCUGUCAGUGGUUGUCGGGCCUUCUGACGUUCCUUUUCCCAGGCUUACGACCUUCUGUCAGAGCUGCUUAUUUGCCUGUACAUCAGUUUUUUGGACUUGCAAUAUUUAUUGGUUCUGUAGUUUCCUGCCUUUUAGGCUUGACAGAAAAGGCAUUCUUUUCAAUGCCGGUCUCGAAACCAAACGGUUACAACGCCUUCCCACCUGAGGGCAUCUUAAUAAAUGUCAUUGGCAUUUUGCUGAUUUUCUUCGCUGGAUUAGUGGUCUAUCUGAUGUCCAACUCGCAUUUUCGCCGACAGACUUCUGAAGAUGAGACCUUGCCUGUAACUGUGUACUGACAUCUGCAUUGGAGCCAGGAGAACUGCAUGCCCUCCAUUUUUCAGUCUGCUGUAUCAUGAUGUUUAUACAGUUUCCCAAAAUGUUGUUAUUAUUAUUGUCAUCAUUAUCAUUAUUAUUAUUCCUAUAAUUGUGGUUCUUAUUAUUAUUGCUGCUACUUCUAAUACUACUAGCAAUCAUCUACUACUACUACUACUACUACUACUACUACUACUACUACUACUACUACUGUUAUUAGUAUUACUGUUAUCAGCAUUAUUAUUAGAAUUGGUUGGUCUAAUAUUUUCUAUGCAGUGUGGUUUCCCACUUUGUGUUAAUUUUGAAAGAUUUUAAUUUUCUUAUGCAAGUAUAUUUAGUAUUGUGUAAAGUAAAAAAUCAUAAAAAGCUCUAUUAUACAUGACCAGUCUUGAGGGAAACUGUAUGAGAGGCCUUAGUUUUAAAUGAAUCAAUUAAGUAAAAGACGUAAAGAUUGUGCUGCUAUUACGAAUGAAAAAGUCUAGAAAAAAAAUCCCUCAUCCUCCUCAAAGAAUAAUCACGUAAAUGUACAGAAGGGACAGUAAUUAAUUAUGAAAGCGAAUGCAUUUUCCAAGGAUUUACUCAAAAUAUGGAGCAGGUAUCCAGCCUUUGCUUUCUAUUUAAUUUCAAUCACAACUGAAUGAAGUUCUGCAUAUAGUUUUAAAGAGCUUGGAUAAAACACACAAUGUUAUGUACAGUAGCAAAUAUUUAUGUAAACUUAAUGUUACUUACUAGCCAUCUUUUUUAGACAGGCUACUAUAAAGGCCAAUAUAUUAUUCAUGUAGUCAGUGAAAUACAGUAACAGUAACUAGAUUGUAAUUUAAAAGUAAUUAUAAUUUUAAUAGAACCGUCUUUCAGGCUGUAUUUUAGGGAACAAAGUGAGUGUGUGUUAAACAAAAUAUUACAUAAAAGAAUAAUGUGAAGUAUGAAUAGAAAAGGUAUAUUGUGCCUCAAGAUAUAUUUUAAAUGGUUGUAGAUUGUCAUUAAACACUGAAGGUCACAUGCAAAAGAUGACAUUAUAUAGACUAAUGUAGUUCCUGUUCUUUAUUUAUGUCCUAUUGUGAUUCAUUACUAACUUUUUUCCAUUGUGAGUUGUAUUUUUUUUCUUUCCCUUUAAAGAUAUAUAUUUCUAAAAUACAUAUGAAUUUAUCUUAAUUCUCAUAGAUGUUCAAUAUUAUAUGUGCAUGCCAUAAAGUAUAUGUUGAUUCCAAA